UACAAUCGGUACAAGCAAGAACUAGAUACAAUUGGCAAAUUUAUGCUGAAGUAUCUGAACCUAAACAGGAAGUGAUAAGGUGGAAAGAUGCUUUUAAGACAAGUAAAGUUGGGAAUGACUGCAUGUCUGUUGAUGAGCUAUACUCUAUGAAACACCUUGAGACUCUAUGUAUUAUUGAGUACACCAACUACCCUGCAACCUGCGCUCUUGUAGUGGGAACGACUGGUAAAAGUAAACAGUCAACGGUAAUAAAUCAUUUUUGGAAACUUCAAAAUGAAAGACAAAAUAUUGUGGUGAAGAAUGCAUUGAUUGAGGAUAAAACCAAUAUGCAAGAGAACAAAGCAAAGGCGAAAGUUCAGAAGUUGCAGGCGGACCAACACGUAACCAUUGCUAUGGUAACAACGGGACAAAUUCAACAAUAUGCUAAGUCAACAACUACCAAGAUCUCGAAGAAGUUUCUUAAUGAAAAAGAAAGGACAGUAAAACGUACCAGAACGUAUAAGGAAAGUAAUAACAAUGAUAAUACUGAAAAUGAUCAUUUAUUAUUAUUAGAUGAAAAAUCGUCAACUGUCUCUACCCAAGAUCAAUUCUCCCUAAUGAUAAAUCAUCCGAUGAUGAAUCUGAGGAUGACGGAGACCAUGUUGAUUAUAAAAUCGAUGAUGAUAGUGAAGAAUUCUCCAUUCAGCCUGUUAGGUAGAAAUGAUACGAAAGAUGGAACUCAAAUACCUCCUCAUCAAAUCACCGGAAACACUUUCUUCGCUCAAUCCUCAGCCAGUGAAACCCAUGAAAGCAUCCUUAGGGCUUCUUCUGAGAAUUUAACGGGCUUAAAUAAGGUUAAGGUUUGCAUCACAAAUGCACUGAUAGUUAAUGAUGAAGACACUGAGGAAAUAACAAGACUCAAAAAAUAUUUAUAUAGAGUAAUGCUACCUUUAAUCGAGUCAUUCCUUAAACCUAUUCCGGACAUUAGUGCCCAAACAGUAGUGAACAUCACUAUUGGUCGGAGUUCAGACAUCGUUUUUUCUCUUAUGCUUUACAAGAAUUUGCAG